AUGUUUCAAGCGAAUGUAUUAAUAUUAUCACCCACUCUAACACAACAAUAUUCACAACAACAAACAUCACCACUCUCCACUCUCUCCUCCAACAACAAUAAUAAUCAACAACAAUCAUCAUCCGAAUCAUCAUCAUUUAAUCGGAGGAGUAUAUUUAAUCCACAUCAACGAUCAUCUUCUUUAAAUAAUAAUAAUAAUGGUAUUGAAAGAGGACAUUCAUGUGAAUUUUCUGAUAAACAAAAUAAAAUAUUUAAAGAAAGUGCAGAAGAAUUAAAUUCAUUUAAAGUAAUUUCCAUAUAUUAUGAUUCCCAAACAUGUAUAUUACAAACCAUAUUAGAAAGUGGACAUUUAAUUCAUUGGAAAUUACAUCCUAAAACAUCUGAUAUUCAAAUAGUACAAAUUGAUAGAUUAUUUUAUGAAAUGAUGGAAUCUAAAUUAUUAUCAACUGGUUCAAUUUGUAAUGAAUUUAUUAUUGUACAAUCAAUGAAUGCUGAAUUAAUAUUUAUAGAAAAUCCAUUAUUUCAAAAUUAUAAUAAUAUAUUUUUAGAAAUUUUAUCUAAAAAUAGUAAAAAUGUAAAAUUAAUGAUGGAUAAAAUACAUGAAGAAACUUUAUUAAAAUCAAUGAAAAUGAAUUUACCAAAAACUUAUUUAUGUGGACAAGCUACUAGAAAUUCUUUAUUAAUUGCACAAAUUAGUUUAAGAGGACAAGAUGAUAAAGAAAUGAUACAAGUGAUUGGAACAGUACAAGCUAGUCGUAUAAUAGUAUUUUAUACAUUUAGUAAUUAUAGAAGUAAUACAUUUCAUACAUUAGAAUUGUCAAGUGACAACAUGUCAGUUGUUUGGUGUGUUUAUGAAAUUAUUGGAAAACAAGUUAAAAAAAGUAAAUAUAAAACUAUUGAAACAGAAAGUGAAAUAACAUGUUGUGCAAUUGGACCAAGUGAAAAACAUGUUUGUAUUUGUUGUGCAAAUGGUGAAGUUAAAUUAUUUUCAUCAUUUAAAUUAUCUUUAUAUGGUAAUGAUAAUAUAAAUAGUAAAACAUCUAAAUUUAAAUGUAUAACAGUACAAUCAUUACCUGGUAGAUUUAGACCUACACAUGUUGAAUGGCAUCCAUCAGGUUCAAUGUUAUUAGUUUCUUCACCUAAUGAAAUUUGUUUAUUCGAUUGUGGUUUAAAUUUUAUUGAUUUUCAAAUUCCAUUAAGAAAUUCAAUUAUUAAAUGUAUUACACCAAGUAAUUUAAUUAAUUCAAAUUCAAAUUCAAAUAAUAACAAUGCUACUACCAAUAAUAAUAUUAAUAAUUCAACAUCAACAACUAAUAAUAAUUUAAUAUUUAGUUCAGUACAAUUCAUGACAAGUGGUGAUUCAACAUUAGAUUCAACAUCAUUACACACAGAUUCAGGUACACAUGCACCUAAUACACCCAGAUCAUCCUCAUCAUCCUCAUCAGCUACCAAUCAAUCACCUAGAUUUAAUUCAUCCUCCUCCUCCUCUAAUCAAACAUCUAUUUUAUUAGGUAAUAAUCAAUCAUUAUCCAAUAAUUCCAAUAAUUAUUCAGGUGGUGGUGGUAGUGGUAGUGGUAGUGGUGGUGGAAAUGGAUUUUUCAAAAGAAGUCGUAACAAUUCAAUGGAAUUAGCAGCAGUUCAACAACAACAAUUAAUGAAAGGUACAAUGUUACCCUAUGAAAGAUUGUUAAUUUGUUUUGAGAAGGGACCUAUUUGUAUAUUUAAAAUUGAUUUUGGAUUAUUAAGUGCAUUCAUUGAUAAUAAUAUUGAACCAGCAUCUAAUGCACAUUUUCUAUCUAUUCACUUGAAUAUUCAUCACAAAUUAAAAGAGGGAUAUUCAAUUAUUAGAAAUUUAACAAAUCCAAAAGAAUUUCAAUUAUGUUUGAAAGAAUUUUUAACAUUUUUAUUAAGUAGAAUACAUGUAGAUCCAUUAUCUGAGGAAUUUUUAGACAUGUUAUUAGAAAAAUAUGCAUCCCUACAUAAACAUUUAGAAUCAGAUUCAUAUUUUCAUACUAUAUAUAGAAAAUACUUUUUAUAUACAUUGAGAAAGGGAUUUUAUGAAAAAUGUUUUCAAAUUGCUUCUCAUUUAAAUGAUUCUUAUUUAUUUGAACAUUUAUAUAGAUUUUGUUUAACUCAAAAUUUAGAUUCAUUGGCCUAUUUAUCACUUCAACAUGCUUCAGAUUUAUUUAAACAAAAAGAAAAACAAGUUCAACAAUUUUUUAAUGAUUGUAUUUUAUAUCAAUCAUCUUUAAAUAAUACUGAUUAA